AUGUUUGGAAAUGUCUUUGGCACUCCAGUUCAUAGCGAUUAUUCUUCUGGGGCAAAGUGUGCGACAAACUCUGGUAGCAACUGCGUCUGCCCUUUGGGCACAGAUUACUCGGAAUCUGCCACGUGGGCAGUUGUUGGUGCUCCCGUCUCGGAUGUUGAGGCUCUCAUGAACGACUUUCACAAGCCUGCUUGGCGAGGAUCUCUCCCUUACAAGACCGAAGGCCCCAAUAAUCGCCCCGGCAUGUCGAAGCGCACUUCAACAUAUAAGACGUUGUUGGGAAUUUUCAACUUUACUGAAAUUCUUACGAAGUGGGAGAAAAAGCCCAAUGGCUCUUUCAUUCAAAAGCUAGAAUAUCUAGAAGCGGUUGGGAAUCUCACCAGUAAUCCCUGGGGUGGGUACUGGAUCACUAUCACCGGCGACUAUGUUUUCGGAGACCAAACGCUGAUUCAAUGGAGCACUUAUCUCUGCUCAAGAGGAGUCGUUAACGAUUGGGCAAAGCUACAUGAGGCUUCGUUCAGGAAUGUGAUUGAUAUCCUGCGGCCUAAAACAACUGGGUUCAACGUUGCCCCUUUCUCAGUCCCACCGGCUUUUUCUUAGGAGGCAAGGACUUGAUUUGCAUACUCUCUGAGACACCGAUGAGACUGAAAGCUCAUGAUCGGUAUUAUGUAGUUCAAGAAUACCUCACUAUUCUGCCAGAUCUAUUAGUC